AUGAUUUGGACAAGAAUAUUUGCAUUUUUUUCGGCAGUUAUUUUUGAUCUAGUCUUUACACAAAAUACCAAUUCAAUUUUGAUGAAUAUUAUGAAUGGAUGGCAAUUUCAAUGUGCUACAACAACUUGUUUACCAUAUGCUACGGUUACUAUAUACAGUAUUUUUCAGUGUCAAAGUAGUUGUUUACGACAAAGUCAAUGCAUGGCUAUUACUUUUCGUCAAUCGAUUUCUAAAUGUCAAUUGUUUACUAAUGAUAUAGAGCAAAACAGCAGUUUGGAAACAGCUGUAAAUACGGUUACCGUGAGAGUUAUUCCUGGCACACGAAUACCAUCUGAAUCCAUCACCACAUCAACUUCAACAACAACAACAACAUCAUCAUCAUCAUCGACCUCAGCAACAAAAUCAACGUCAUCAUCGACCUCAACAACAACAUCGUCAUCGUCAUCAUCGACCUCAACAACAACAACAACAACGUCAUCAACGUCAUCAUCGACCUCAGUAACAACACUAACUACCGCAUACACCAGCACCUACUUCGUUGCGCUCACUUUUCCAACCGGCAAUGGCACACGAUCAGUUACGAUCGUUGACGUUAACAAUGACACCAAACCAGAUAUAAUUACGGCAAAUUAUGAUGAGAAGACCGUUAGUGUUCUUCUCAAUGCAGGUAAUGGCAUAUUUUCUAAUCAAACUACCUAUGCAACUGCCGCUGCCCCAACUGCAGUCGCCGUCGCUGAUAUUAAUAACGAUGGAAAACCUGAUAUAGUUACGGCGAAUCCUGCUGAAAGCACAGCUACUGUUCUUCUCAAUGCAGGUAAUGGCAUAUUUUCUUCACAAACUGCCUAUGUAACUGGCUCGUAUCCAUACUCAGUUGCUGUCGUUGAUGUUAACAGCGAUGCAAAACCUGAUAUAAUUACCGCAAAUUAUAAUGCAAACACAGUUAGUGUUCUUCUCAAUACAGGUACCGGUACAUUUUCUCCUCAAACUUCAUACGCAACUGGUCAGUAUCCAUCCUCAGUUGCUGUUGCUGACGUCAACAACGACGCAAAACCUGAUAUAGUUACAGCAAAUAGUGGUCCCAGUACAGUUAGUGUUCUUCUCAAUACAGGUACCGGUACAUUUUCUCCUCAAACUUCUUAUGCAACUGACACUAACCCCGUAUCAGUUGCGAUCGCCNACGGCAAUAUCAAGUAG